GUUUGAUCUGAUUAUCUGUUCAUUUACUCUCCCUCAAGUCAGUAAUUGUUCUCACGACAGAGAGAAAAAAUAUAUUAUAAAGAAGAUUCUCUUUACCAUGAAUGGGGCAGAAUGUGUGAGAGAUGACUGGGAAAUGUCUCCGGUUUCGAAUUCUGAUCUUCGCUCUUGCACUUGGUUUUACGUGUGCAGUUCGCGUAACAGGCCGAUGGAAUACUGGUACAAAUCUUGCGAAAGUGGUUACUAAGUUUGGAUUCCAACAAACCAGUGCAUUAGAUCGAAAAAACACGCGUGGAUUCGUGUUUGGGAAUGUCACUUCUACAAGCUCUUCCUCACGAUCUUUCCUUUUUGCUUUGGUCCCUCAAACGUUAAUAGGGUCUUUCUAUGACGGUUUUCGGCAUACAUCAACAUGUGAUGCAAUGAUGAACAACAUCAGCCAGAUUGGUUUCGAAUCGCGCUGCUUGACGAAAGGUAAACGUGGAGACAUUUUUCGAUGGAUACCUUGCAUGAAGGGGAAGCUUUGCCGUGAGGAAGAUGAUCCCAAAGUAGUUGUUCCUGGCUAUCAAAUGACUAUGCAGAUCGAGGAGCCGUCAACACCGGAGUACUGGUACGUAGUGCUAGUGGCUUGUAACCUUGACACUGCUUGCAAGUGGGUCCAGUCUAAUACAAGUGCUAUACUUGACUACGAUAUAUGGCUAACCAACGGUCGACCAGGCUCCAGGGCUGCCAGUUCUCUUACGCUGCAGUUCUCUUUUGAUGAACAGGAUACACUUGAAAUAUACGUGGUCACGUUUGUAAUCUAUCUUGUUUUAUUUUGGAUAAUGUCCCAUGGACUGCAACUAAUCAAAAGCAGGGCACCUCCUGAAAGGCUAAGGUUGCUCAAUGUAAUAAUUGUCAUGAAAACAACGGGUAUUGCUUUGCAGUGCUUGAAUGUUUACGUAUUUUCGUUAGAUGGACAAGGUUUAUUUUUCGCUCGAGUGCUGGGCGAAAUUCUUAGAGUAGCUGGUGUUGAAGUAUUGUGGUUACUGUUAUUGCUAUUAUCGCGGGGUUGGGAGCUGUACCCAAAGACAGCAGUUUCACUUCGUUCAUGUUUGAUAGCCUGGAGCAUAUUUGCGGCAGUAUACUUUCUUUUAUUUGUUUUCAACUUUAUCUACCUUUUCGAUGUUUUACACGAAAUAGAUGUAUUCUCUUCUUGGCCAGGGUACGGGCAACUGUUUGUGAGAAUUUUACUGGCUCUUUGGUUCCUGGCGGAAAUUCGGAAGUUAAUAUUGAGGGAGAAAAAUGAGGAACGUGCAGCAUUUGUGGCUCACAUAGGAGCUGGUUUUCUAGUCUGGUUUGUAUAUCUUCCUGGACUUGGUGUCAUUGCAAUGUUCAUAUCGCAACUGUGGAGGUUCAAGAUAAUAUUGGGUAUAACCACGUUUGCCAACUAUGUCAUUAUCGCAUGCUUGCUUCACUUGUUCUGGCCUACUAGUUCUUAUAGUAAAUACUUCUAUCUCGAAUCGCAUUUGCACCGACAUCGUACUGAAUCACUGGAAAUACACGAUCUUGAAAAACUGCUAUUCGAGACGGAUGAAUCGGACUUUGACACGGCAGAAACUAACCCUGACAAUCCUCUUCUUGCCAUCUGAUUAUUGUUUUGUUGUUAUGUACAGAAAUUGUGAUAAAGUUUCAUGCCUUCUACC